GGUACGCUUUGGGAGAUUGCCGACGCCCUUUGCUGGAAUCCGCCGAAGUCAUAGAGGAUAUCCUGCACCGACAGAUGACAAGCUUGUUGCAGCGUGCCGCCGAUGUAUGCAACAUGCGCAACGCUCGCUUCAUUGGCAUCGAAGACUUCAUCUUCCUGAUGCGCAAAGAUCGCAGCAAGCUACGACGCCUGCUGCAGUUCCUACAUCACAAGGACCAGCGGCAGAAACUAGCCAAGGUGAUGGGCACAUCAGGGGAAGAUGAAGACCUUACGACCGGGGAGCUAGAUCAGAAAGCGUUCUGUAGACGGCGGAAGAUCUCCUACGAUUUCCUGAGCACCAUCGACCAAUCAGGCGAGUUGAUUGCCCUGCUGGAUAGCGACGAAGUGGAUCCAGUCAAGACGGAGAGAUUGGAACGGGCCGAGCUGAAGACACGAUACAUGGACAGCAACACGUACAAGGAGUAUGCGGAGGCAAGACAAGUCAAUUUCUCCAAGAAGGGGUCAAAGUUCAAGGAGUGGCUGGACUACUCCUCCCUGGAGCCCAAACCCAACCCAUUUGCUGUGGAGAUCAUGCAGUAUCUUGCCUAUGAAACUGUAGCACAGCUUGUGGAGUUAUCCUUCAUCGUCCGCAGGGACAUUUCAGCGGUCCCGUGGGACCCCCUCACUAAAACUGCCGCCCCCUUAUGCUCCAACAACCUCCCCUCCCCCGGCCCCUUCCUCAAUAAAUCCAAACCCUCCCCUGUUUCUACGCCCCUCCCCUCCCCCACCUCCUCCCCAACCUCCCCUAAUGGCAAAAUGGUAUCUCCCUUUCUGUCCUCCACCGGCGCUGGGCUGAAUGUGUCGAUGAACAGCAAUUCCUCGGACGGUUCAUUUCACGCGCAGGGGGAUUCGAAGACGGGCGGGCACGGAGGGAGCUUGUCAAAGUCCAAAUCCAAGAGGAAAAAGAAGCCCAGCGGUUCAUCGUUGUUAGCGUUGGUGCAGUAUCGUUCCAUUAAACCCGUGCAUAUCCGAGAGGCAUACAGACGACUGCAGGAGAACUCAUCAUCCAUGGCACCAUUUUGUGUAAGUAAAUACACCAGUCGUCCUGACAAGAUGAAGUAUCUAGUCUGCUGACAGCGUCAUGACAGACAACGAUUACCUUGGCACUGUGGCAGCUAUCUUGGAGUGAAGGUGAACGAACUCGACAUCGGAGCUUAAGACCAUAAAAAUCCUGGCACUCAGAGCUACAGGUCUAUUGCAAGUGUGUUGCCAAAUUAAAGUUAUGGUCAAAACUCUAGACGGUAGUUUAUGACAAGAGGAUGGACUCGGUUUGCAAGGUCCCCAUUCACGCUUACGAAGAAAAUGUUGGGGAAGACCACUGCAUGAGACUCUUGAGCACUUGCCAAUGAUGCCUGAUGCUCACGCGAAGACACUACGAGUUGGUGCAGAUUGAAAUAAAGAUAAUCUUGCAUACUUCAAGACUUACGCCUGGGAAUCAGUACGAGCACACAACGUGUCCCUCCCACUGGGGCAGUUGAUGGUCGUAGAGCGCCCUCUAUGGCUCGUGCACACAAUACAUAGGCAGCAUGUUGCCACGGAGUAGUUGUGGUUGAAUAUCUAGACAAUAGCUCUUUGACAAGAGUAGAGGCCCACGGUCCAACACUCGGAGUUGAAGAUAUUAUCGCAGUAAUGGUCAAUUUUUUGUUAUAUUUAUACUGUUUAUAUUUUUGUACAGAGAGUCUUGUUACUUUUUUUACGGUUUUUAUUUUAUCAUGUUGUGGUAGUAACCAGAUAGAUUGUACAUAUUUGUCGCCCUCUUGUGGUUGCUUUUGGUCAGGAAAAUCACACCCAAGCAUUUAAGCAUUUGUUGCCCGGAAAUGCAUUAAGAAACAUUCAAAACGUGUUUGCUUUCAUUCAAAAUUGUGUUGGAAAUUGUUUUUUUUUUUUUCAAACUUUCUGGGCCUCCAGGAUCCUCAACCUCGUUACCUACAAGUUUUCUGGACAAGUGAGGACAGUGCCGAAAUUUGGUUGAAAUUUAGCAAACAAAUAGCUUUUUUUUUGGUCAACUUGUGAAACCUAAUUUUCAUUUUUAAAAAAGUGAAUAGAUUGCAUUAGGCAAAAAA